UAUUGAUCGUCGGGGCGCUCUGCGCGGCUGUACUCAUUCUCUCCUUACUCAUAAUGUACGAGGCGCGCACCCGCUUUUAAUUCCAUUACGCCUUGUUCAGUCUUCCACGAACCCUCUUGGCGCGUCGUCGUCGCCAUCAGCAGCACUCCACGCUCUGCAGUCGGUGUUCCGCCGUCGUGCAAGUCUGUCCCUGCUCAUUCUAGAUAUCAUUUUCCACACGUUUUGUUUUCGCUCGCGUCCACGAGACAACAGCUUCACCGACGAGUCGAAUAAUUAUAACAUUGUUACGUACACUCGGCGCCAGCGAACUACUGUGUGUGUGUGUGUGUGUGUGUGUGUGUGCGCGUAUUUAUAUGUAUGUGUGUGUGUGUGCGCGCACGUAUUUAUGUGUGUGUGUGUGUGUAUAUGUGUGCCCGCACGUCGGUAAUUUGCAAUAUUUUACUUCCAAAUUUGCCGCUAUAGGUACCCUAUUGCGCUCCCGAAAUGCGUCAUGCCAACAUUACGCGUAGUAGUAAUUCAACUUAUUCUCGCGGCCGGCUUACGGUUCGCCCGCUGUGAAUCGGUAUUCGAUUCGCAUGUCGUCGACCAAGAAUAUAUUGUCACGUUCAAUGGAUAUUACCAUAACGAAACUCGGUACAAGUAUAUAUCGGCUGCUUUGAAAUCUUCAGGCAUUGUAAAUUGGAGAAUCUUGGAUAGAAAAAACGCUGCCAGCAAAUAUCCAAGCGAUUUUGAUGUUUUAUUUGUGGAUGAAUUCUAUUCAAUAAAAGCCUUGGAUGUACUGACUGAUCAUCCUGUGAUUAAAAAAGUAUCACCACAGCGAGUUGUACAAAGAAAUUUAAAUGAAUAUGUUAAUGAAACUGAAAAUAAUGUACUUUUACAUAAAAGAAGUCUUGGCCAAGAUGUCAAAUUUUGGUAUAAACUAAACAAACGUUAUAAAACUCGUCAUAUUCUUCGUAUUGUUCCUUCUCAAAUUACCAAAGUUCUCAAAGCUGAUGUAUUGUGGCGGUUAGGUAUUACAGGCAAGGGAGUAAAAGUAGCUAUUUUUGAUACUGGUUUGAGUGUAUCUCAUCCACAUUUCAAAAGAGUAACUGAAAGAACUGAUUGGACAGGGGACGGUGACUUGGAUGAUGGUCUUGGUCAUGGAACUUUUGUAGCAGGACUUAUAGCAUCAAAUCGUGAAUGUUUUGGGUUUGCUCCUGAUGCUGAUUUACAUAUUUUCAGAGUAUUCACUAAUAACCAAGUUUCAUAUACAUCAUGGUUUUUGGAUGCAUUUAACUAUGCUAUAAUGAAAAAAGUUCAUGUUCUUAACUUGAGUAUUGGUGGACCUGAUUUUAUGGACCAACCAUUUGUAGAUAAAGUUUGGGAAUUAACUGCUAAUGGGGUUAUCAUGAUAUCAGCUAUUGGCAAUGAUGGGCCUUUGUAUGGUACUUUAAAUAAUCCUGCGGAUCAAAUGGAUGUCAUUGGAGUAGGUGGGAUAAGUUUUGAUGAUCAUAUAGCCAAAUUUUCAUCACGAGGAAUGACUACUUGGGAAUUACCUCAAGGAUAUGGCCGCUUAAAACCUGAUAUAGUUAGUUAUGGCACAGAUGUACAUGGUUCAAGUGUGAGUGGAGGGUGUCGAAGUCUUUCUGGCACUAGUGUUGCUUCACCUGUUGUAGCUGGAGCUGUUACACUAUUAACUAGUGGUAUAUUGGCCCAAGGUAAAGUAGUCAAUCCAGCAAGUAUGAAACAAACCCUUUUAGCCAGUUCUCAAAGAUUACCUGGCAUCAAUAUGUUUGAACAAGGACAUGGAAAACUUGACCUCUUGCAAGCUUACAAAGUAUUAUCUAGCUAUGUACCACAAGUCAGUUUCAGCCCUAGUUAUAUAGAUUUAACUGAAUGCCAAUAUAUGUGGCCUUAUUGCACUCAACCAUUAUAUUAUACUGGCAUACCAAUUAUUGUUAAUGUCACUGUACUCAACGGUUUGGAUGUAUUUGGAAAAGUAAUUGGUAUUCCUAUUUGGUAUCCAUAUUUCCACGAUAAUGGACAUUAUUUAGAUGUAACAAUAAGUUAUUCUCAAAUAUUGUGGCCAUGGUCUGGUUGGAUGGCUAUUGCAUUGGUUGUAUCUCAAACUACUCCUGAAGAUUGGAGUGGUACUGUCUCUGGACAUAUUGAGAUUACUAUUGAAUCAGCCAAUACUAAUCAUACAGUAAAAUUGCCUUUACGAGCUGCUAUAAUACCUCCUCCGCCAAGAAUUAGAAGAAUUCUAUGGGAUCAGUAUCACAAUUUAAGGUAUCCACCAGGAUAUUUUCCAAGAGAUAAUUUAAAUGUGAAAAAUGACCCAUUGGACUGGAAUGCAGAUCACAUACACACAAAUUUUAAAGGAUUAUAUCAGCAUUUGCGUAGCUCUGGUUAUUAUGUGGAAGUGUUAGGUGAACCAUAUACAUGUUUCAAUGCAGCAAACUAUGGAUCAUUGUUAGUUAUAGAUCCUGAAGAAGAAUAUUUUACUGAAGAAAUAACAAAAAUUGAAAAUGAUAUUGCAAAAUACAAUUUAUCAGUUAUCAUCUUUGCUGAAUGGUAUAAUGUUUCAGUGAUGCAAAAGAUAAAAUUUUUUGAUGAGAACACUAAACAAUGGUGGACACCACUAACAGGUGGCUCAAAUAUACCAGCUUUAAAUGAUUUGUUGGCACCUUAUGGUAUAUCUCUAGGUUCUAAUGUUUAUUAUGGAGAAUUCGGAAUGGGAGAUAGAAAAGUACAUUACUCUUCAGGUAGUCACAUAACAUCAUUUCCAAAUGAAGGCAUUGUUGUAGCUAAAACUUUAAAAAAUCAGGGUGAAGACAUUUUAGGCGGUGAUAAAACUGGACAAGAAGUUAACGUUCCAGUUUUAGGCUUGUAUAAAUCGACAGGAUAUAUUAUUUUAUUUGGUGAUUCAAAUUGUCUAGAUAAUAAUCAUAUAGAAAUAGAUUGUUAUUGGAUGUUAGAUGCCAUCUUAGAAUACAUAUCUACUGGUAAACUACCACAUGUUUUUCUUGAAGAUAAUGUGAAAAUUAGUAACAAUACAACUAAACAUUUAACUGAACGUCUAGAAAAUAAUGACUUCUACAAAUACUCCAAAGUUGUUAGUAAAAGUGAUUCUGGAAUUUCACAAUUACCUAUUCCUUCGUGUGUCAAAAUUAAUUUGGCUAAAACUAUAGUUUUAAAUAUCUCGGCAAAUAGUGAUGACUACAAACCACAAAAAUUGAAAAGUGAUCCUUCUUAUAAUGAUGAAAAUGAGUAUGAGUGGUUACAAUCUCUAGCAGCUAGUUCAAAAUCAUCGAACGAGAUAAUAUUAACUGAAGGAUUAUUCACUGGAUUUUUUUUGCCUCUUACAACACUUGCAAUUGUGUUGUCUAUGGUGGCUAUUUAUGUUUUAUGGAGAUAUUAUUGUUGGAGAGCAAAAGCUAAACAAGGUCUUAUAGCUCUUGGUAAAAAAAAGACUGUUGGUGGAAUUAAAAAGAGUUUUAUGUAUGUGCUCAAUCACAACAGUAGACUUCAAUCUUCUAGUGGAUACAAUUUGUGAUCAUAUGUGUAAUAACUUAUAUGUUAUAUAUUUUAUAGUUUAUACUUUGUAUUAUCAAUAGGUAAAAUGUUUUAUAGAACAAGUA